CUCUGAUCGAUCCUUCCAUAUAUAAAACUAAAUCCCUCAUACAAACACCAAUACACAUAUACGAUAUCAUAAUAUGGGCUCGAGCCAAAGCACAAAAAACAUUAGAUUCAAAUCAUCCAAUAAAGAAAAAAAACUUAUGAUGAGCUCCUCCUCAUCAAGCCCCACCACAUCCUCAUCGUCUGGGUGGCAGCGGAACGAUCAUCGUCAUUAUCAUCAUCGUUAUCAUCAUCAGCCAAGCAAUCACGUCACGACCAUUGCCGACAGUAAUGUAACUGGUCAUGGCCAUAGUGUACAGGCGGCUGAUGAUGAUAUUGAUACCAAAGCUGAAGAGUACAUCAAGCGCAUUCGAAAGAAGUUUGAAUCACAAUGUCAGAUGGAGGAGGUUGAUGCGUUAAAUUUGAAUGGUGGCGUUCAAGGUGUAGAAGAGGAUAAAAAACCUACGGCAGGUUACAUCUCAUCUGCUUGAUCAUAACACACUUUUUAGGCCAGCAUUCAGAUCCACACGCUGAAUGUGAUAAAAGACAUCCAAAGCAAAGAGAGGCUGCCCUAUUUGAUCACUCCCAAUUUGUAAAUAUACUUACGGCUAUUACCCUCAAAUAGGAGUAAAAAUUACUCUUACGUGUAACAAUUGGACUAUAAUCUUUUUAUUCCCAAAGUAGGAGUUCCCUCUUGUUACUCUAUCCCCUUUCUACAAUCCCGGGUAUGACUUAUUUUAUCAUCCCCAUAGUUUUAUUUGUAAUAAAAAAUAAAAAUAUUUAUAAAUUUAUAACAAAAAUGUAAAAAAAAAAAUUGAAUAGCCCGUUGCCACAACAUCUUCCACCCCUAGUACCACCACCUCCGAUCACCAGAAAAAAUGUUAUCUCUUGUAAAAAUGUCACAUUUAUCUUAAAAUUCUUACAAUGACAUGAAUGCAACGUUUUUACUUUGGAAUUACCAAAUUUUUCUUUCAAAAUUGUCAUAAAGAUUACAUUAUUUGCAGGUUGGCAUUUUUUCUUGGCGACCGGAGGUGACGGUGCUGGAAGGUCGCUAAGGUGGUGGUUGAGGCCAGCAUAUUAUUAGAUAUGGGGCCAACCAGGGGCGUGGCUCACCUGGUAGGAAGAGAGUGGCACAAGGGAGAGGUCUCAGGUUCGACUCCAAGCAAUGACUUGGGAUGGAGCCUCACUCUCUUUCCAUUAGAGUGAGAUCAAAGCUCAAUUUACAUCCUCCAACUAGAUGUCCGGUCAGUGCUGGGGGGCCUCAGGGAUGGGGUGUCAACCUUUUUUUAGAUAUGGGGCCAACCCCAAUGUAAUGUAUAAAUUAUGAAUAAAUUUCACUCUUGAUUCUACGAGUAUCACAUCAAUUCAACAAGUGGUUCUCGUAUUU